UUGUCGAUAAAAACAAAACGAAAACACAAGUGAUCAUACACGUGCAAUCAAUUUCAGAUACUACUUGUGAUCCUCCGGAUUUUUUUCAAUUAAAAAUUACCUAUUGGGAAAAUAUCUUUUAUAAAAUAUAAAGCGUAUAUUAAUUAAUUACCUAUGGGUUUGACGAAGCAAUAUUUGGCCUAUCGACCUGUAGACAGUUUCAACGUUAUCAACAGUGGUCGGGCUAAUGUAAAUUUUGUUAUCUACAAUAGAACUGAAGGCCGAUAUGCGCUUGCUGCAGCAGCCGAAAAUGUCAUUAUUUGGGAUUUAAGAUUGGGAGAACGGGCGUUAACGCUCCGCCGUGAUAAACAGGAAGUAACUGCAUUGCGCGCUUCGCCUGACCGUAUACACGUUGCUGUGGGUUAUGUAGAUGGUGUUGUUGAACUUUUUGAUUUGCGUACUCCAGAGCAAUCUAUUUGCUCGUUAGCGCUCCAUAAAAGCGCUGUAUCUGUUCUACGCUUUGAUGACAUGGGUAUUCGAUUGGUUAGCGGCAGUCUGGAUACUGAACUGGUGGUUGUGGACAUUGUUGAACAGGCCGGUCGACAGCGGCUUAUAGGACACAAUGCUCCCAUAACAGAUGCACAUUUCUUACAACGUUUGGGAGAGCAAAACAUUGUUAUUAGCUGUUCAAAAGACACGCAAAUAAAAUUUUGGAAUUUGGAGACGCAAUUUUGCUUCAAAACAAUUGUAGACAAUCGUACCGAAGUCUGGGCUUUGGCAUUAAUCGGUAAUAUUAUGGUUGCUGGAUGUGGUGAGAGCACAAUGAAUGUUUACCGACUUCGUCGACGUGAUGAUCCAAACCAGAAUAUUGAAAAUGCUGUUGAAGGCUUAAGUAUAGACGACGAAGAUACCAUAAGCCCAUUAACAGUAACAAACUGUGGCGUUAUACAGCGUGCAGGCAAAGGACGUUGUGUUAAUUUAGUAACGGAUCCAGCUGAGCGUGUAAUCAGUUGUCAUGGCACCAAUGAUCUUAUCGAGAAUUUUUACUUUUGCACUGCGGAGGAGGCUAAAGAACGUCUUUCGAAGCGUUUAAAAAAGGCCCGAAAAGCUGCCGAGUCAAUGGAGCAUGAUGGUAAAGAAAAUGAAGAUGAAAUAUCUAAAGGUUUAAGCCUGAGUGAUGAAAUAAAGCGCUUGGAAAGCAUAAAAGUGAAACAGAAAAUCAAAUCUAUUGAUAUUAUACUCGGCGCGCAAAGCGAAUUACGUGUACUUGUUGGUUUAGCGAAUAACAGUUUACAACUCUACGCACUUAAUGCUUCGCUAAAGCACAAAGUAUCCGAAGAAAGUGUAAAGCAGUUGCGUGCAUUGACGCGUGUGGGACAUCAAUCUGAAGUCCGCUCUGUAUGCUUCAGUAAUGAUUCACUAGCAAUUGGGUCAGGUGCAGGCGAAUCGUUUAAGUUUUGGAAUCGUGAGUCUAUGCAAUGUCUACGUACAAUAGCCACCGAUUACAUAUUGUGUACCACGUUUGUGCCAGGAGAUCGUUAUGCUCUUUUAGGCAUGAAAAGUGGUAAAUUGGUAAUAGUUGAUGUGGGUGCCGCAGAUAUUAUCGAAGAGAUACCGGCACACGAAAGUGAAUUAUGGUCCAUUGCAGUGCUGCCAGAUUUGAAAGGUUGUGUAACAGGUAGCAGUGACACGACAGUUAAAAUUUGGACUUUCGAGUUGGUUGACAAUGUGGCUGCAGAUGGUAGUGGUGAGGUCGAUACAACACGGCCAAAAGUACUCUCUUUGUUACACAGAAAUACCCUUAAACUGGAGGAAACUGUUUUAUGUGUGUGUGUGUCACCGAACAUGAAAUAUCUCGCAGUGGGUUUGCUGGAUUCUACAGUGAAGAUUUUCUUCCUCGACACAUUCAAGUUUUAUUUGUCCCUGUAUGGGCACAAAUUGCCGGUGCUGAGUAUUGAUAUCAGCUAUGAUUCCACAUUGAUAGCGACAGGUUCUGCAGAUCGUAAUAUAAAAAUUUGGGGCUUGGACUUCGGUGAUUGUCACAGAUCGUUGUUUGCGCAUGACGACUCAGUAAUGGCGCUGAAAUUCAUACCCAACACACAUAUGUUGUUCAGUUGUGGCAAGGAUGGUAAAGUGAAGCAAUGGGACGCGGAUUCAUUCGAAAAGAUUCUCACGUUGCCAGGUCACAUUGGUGAGGCCUACAGUUUGGCAGUCAGCCCAAAUGGUCGUUACCUCGUCACUUGCGGCUCAGAUCGUACUUUGCGUCUAUUCGAACGAACCGAAGAACCGAUAGUACUACAAGAUGUGCAGGAGGAGGAGCGCGAAGAGCUGGAAAAUCAACAACUGGCCACCGGCGAAGACAGCGCAGUACCCCAAUUACCUGGUUUAAAAUUGCCUUCUAGAAAAACUGUCGGCUCGGAGAAAGCUGCAGAGUCAAUAUUGGAAUGUCUGGAGAUUUGUAAGCAAUAUGAUGUGGAGGACGAGGAAGACAAACCUGAACUGCACCCGUUAAUGCGCGCGCUGCAAGUAACGAAUACCGAUGAUUUCCUUUUCACUACCUUAGCUCGUAUACGUGCUUCUGAUUUGGAGGAAGCGCUUUUGCUGCUGCCCUUUUCGAAUGUUUGUGAGCUGCUCGAGCGACUGCCACGUCUAAUCGAAUGUCAGAGCGAUCAGAUUGAAUUGCUCUGUAAAGUAACAAUUUUCCUUUUCAAAGUACACAUGAAACCAAUUAGUGUGGCGAAAAAUCUGAAACUCUUGCUUAGCGGCUUGGUGCGUGCACUACAGCGGGACGUCAGUGAAAUGCGUGAUACAAUUGGCAUGAACGUGCAUUCAUUGGCGCUGCUGCAACACAGAAUCGAGGAGCGCGAGGGUGUCGAACUGUUCCGCGAGGCGACGCAGGAGCGUAAAAAGCGCGACAAAAAACGGCGUGAGGCGACUAAACGUCGCUUAGCCAUAAAAAUAACAUGAUUUUUACAAAUUAGCGAUUAACGCUAUAAUGUAACAUGCUAAUGUUGUAACUGUUUUAUAGAAUAUACUUAUAAUUUGGUAAAUAUAAAAUUAUGAAACAUUUA